AUUACAUAAAGAAAGAACCAACCGCCGCCGCCGCCACCCACCGCCACCUUCUACACUUCUGUCCAUAAACCACCACCACCACCUUACAAAUACUAAAAAUCUCACACCCCAAAAAAAAAAAAACACACCUUCACUACAACAAUGGCCAUCCACCACCACCUUCUCCUCCUCCUCCUCAUCCUCCUCUCCGCCGCCGCCGCCGCCGAUGACUCCGCCGUCAUGUCAAAACUCCUCUCCUCCCUCUCCCCGCCGCCCACCGGCUGGUCCUCCGCCACCAACUUCUGCAACUGGACCAACGUCAAAUGCGACCCGACCAACUCAUUCGUCACCGCCAUCGACCUCGACUCCGCCGCCGUCUCCGGCACCCUACCGCCGGAACUCAACCAGCUCACCCAGCUCCAAUCCCUCAACCUCCAGAAAAACUCCAUCACCGGAACCCUACCUUCCUUCCAAAACAUCACCACUCUCCAACAAAUCCUCCUCGACGACAACAGCUUCACUUCAAUCCCCGAUAACUUCCUCCUAGGGCUCACAAACCUCCAAACAUUCAGCAUCAGCCAAAAUUACAAACUAUCGCCAUGGGAAAUCCCUAAUUACUUAUCAGAAAGCACAAAUCUCGUCAAUUUCUUCGCCAGUAACUCCACUCUCAAAGGAACCAUCCCGGAUUUCUUCAAUUUCUUCCCCAAUUUACAGAAUCUCCGAUUAUCCUACAACGACCUAACCGGAUCCCUACCCGGAUCCCUUUCCGGGUCGGAAAUUCAAAACCUCUGGCUCAACAAUCAAAUACAAGGCUUAUCCGGUACAAUCAAUGUUUUAUCAAACAUGACUCAAUUGUCUCAGGUUUGGCUACACGCUAACGCGUUCUCCGGUGGGAUUCCCGAUUUAUCGACGUGCGAGAAUUUGUUCGAUUUACAGUUGAGGGACAACAAAUUUACAGGGAUAGUGCCACCUUCUUUGAUGAAUUUGCCUAAUCUUGUCAACAUUACUAUGCAGAACAAUCGUUUGCAGGGCCCUUAUCCUGAAUUUUCGAGCAAAGUUGAGGCGACGAUAGGGAUUACUAACAGCUUCUGUUUGGAGAAACCUGGACCGUGUGAUCCGCAGGUGAGUUUGCUUCUUGAUAUUGCUGGUUCGCUCGGUUAUCCGUUGCUGUUGGCCGAUUCUUGGAAAGGGAAUAAUCCUUGCCAAAAUUGGAGAUUCGUCAACUGCGAUUCGCUAGGGAAGAAUAUAACGAUUGUGAACAUGGCGAGACAGGGGUUUUCGGGUACGAUUUCGCCCUCGUUUGCGAAUCUUACCUCUCUGAGAAAUUUGGUGUUGAAUGAUAAUAAGCUCUCGGGUUCGAUUCCUAGUGUCUUGACUAGUUUGCCUCAGCUACAGAAUCUUGAUGUGUCGAAUAAUAAUUUAUCUGGCGAAAUUCUUGUUUUUCCUGCUAAUGUGAAGUUUAAUUACGGUGGAAAUAGUUUACUUGGUAAAAACGAAAGUCAGGGGUGCUGUGAUGGAGCAGGAGCAAAUCCUAUGAAUGCAGAUGGAUCGUCAUCGAAAGCGUCUUCUUCGAUUGGUAUGAUUGUUGGUGUGAUUUUAGCUGUCUCGAUAUUCGUCGGAGUUGUUAUGUUUGUGUCGUAUAAAGUCCAUUUGAAGAGACGUGGUAAGAUAAUCGGGAGGGUUGAGGGCUUGGAGGAGGGAAAAGGAAAGCCAAAGACUAAUUUUAUGAUCAAAACUCAGAGCCAAAAUAGCGGCGAUCAUAGUCAAAAGGGAGAAUCGAUGAACAGUUUCUCCAUCGAGAUUCUCAGGCAAGUGACGAAUAAUUUCGGCGAAGAGAAUAUAUUGGGCCGGGGAGGAUUCGGGGUUGUCUACAAGGGUGUUAUGGUCAACGGGACUAAAAUCGCUGUCAAGAGAAUGGAAUCCGGUGCGGCUACAAAGGGAUUAAAGGAGUUCGAAUCGGAAAUUGCGGUUCUUACUAAAGUUAGGCACAGGCAUCUCGUGGCUUUAUUAGGUUACUGUAUCAAUGGCAAUGAGAGGCUGUUGGUGUACGAGUACAUGCCACAGGGAACCCUAGCCCAGCAUCUGUUUGAAAGGCAGGAUUUGGGAUGUGACAGUCUGAGUUGGAAACAGCGGGUGACUGUAGCGCUGGAUGUGGCUAGGGGAGUCGAGUACCUUCACAGCUUGGCUCAGCAGAGCUUCAUUCAUAGGGAUUUGAAGCCGUCGAAUAUUCUUCUCUCGGACGAUAUGAGAGCUAAGGUUGCCGAUUUUGGAUUGGUCAAGAAUGCCCCCGACGGGAAUUGCUCUGUUGAGACGCGAUUGGCUGGGACUUUCGGCUAUCUUGCACCGGAAUAUGCUGCAACUGGAAGAGUGACGACAAAAGUCGACGUUUACGCAUUCGGAGUUGUUUUAAUGGAAAUAAUCACAGGCAGAAAAGCUCUAGACGAGACAAUGCCAUACGAGAAAUCUCAUUUGGUGACAUGGUUCCGAAGAGUCAUAGUCAGCAAAGACAACCUUAAAAAAUCCAUCGACCCAAUUCUCGAACCGGACGAUGCGACUUACGAGAGCAUAUGCAAGGUCGCUGAGCUGGCGGGGCAUUGUACUGCUCGAGAGCCGUACCAGAGGCCCGAUAUGGGCCAUGCGGUUAACGUGUUGGGCCCGCUUGUGGAAAGAUGGAUGCCUACGAGGCCCGAAGAAGAGGAAGCUUCUUCUUCGAGUGGGAUAGAUCUACAUAUGAACCUUCCUCAAAUUCUUCGGAGAUGGCAAGAUGAUGAAGGUUCAUCUAGAAUGUUCUAUGAUGAUGAUUUGUCUUUUAGUACACAAUCGAGCAUUCCUUCGAAGCCUUCGGGAAUUAAGGAUUCGGUUAGUUCUAUGGAUUGUAGAUGAUUUUUUUUUUUUUUUUUUUGGUUGCAAAUUGUAUUUGAUUUGUUCUUUCUUUCUUUUUUCCCACUUGAAUUGUAUUUGAUUUGUUUUAUUUUUUAUUUUUUUAAUUUUUAUUAUUUUGGAAGAUAAUUGUAAAGAAAAGAUGUGUUGAUAGUGAGGUGGAUGGUGUGUAUUUUAUUGGAUUAAUUUAUUAUAUUAAAAUGAUUAUCCGA